AUGGAAGAUCCGAAUAUAUUCAAGCAAUCAGUGGAGUACAGCAGGAUUAAAAGUGCCAUCAAGAGAGUUUCGGAACAAUCCACUAACCCGAUUUCUCAACAUUAUGGCUAUUUGCCCAAACACUUGACUAUUAAUAAUCCCUGCGAGAGAGGAAAUGCUGAGCGUGGUAUAAUCAUUGAGCAACCGUGCGACGCUGGGGGCAUUAUAUACGACUUCCUUCCAAAGCUUGAGGUGGCUGAGACCAAUCAGAGCUCGGAAAGUGCUGACAGUAAAGACAACCUGUGUGCACACUGUUUGAAGAGUCUGAGCGUAUCGAAAAUGGGGUUUGAGUGUGGCGGGUGCGAUGGGUUUGUCAAGUACUGCUGCGAGCAGUGUGUUGAUGCGGAUUUGGCAGUUCACGAGAUUGAGUGUUUGUAUUUGAGCAGCUUUGAAUCUGAAGAGAGGCACAGAAUAUCCUGUGUUGAGCGCCUUAUUUUGAGGCUCAUUAUCACGCUCGGCAGUGAUGAGACCUUGGUCGGACAAUGCCAGGAUCUCACAUCCCACCACGAGGUUUACCUACAGGCCAAAAAACGCCAGGAGUUUGGCAACUUGACCCCAAGUCAACAAUCUCUAUUCGAGGUAACAGAGGCCUAUUCGCUGGGAUUUCUCAAGUUCUUCGGCUGCCACCUCCGAGGCCUGAUCAAGCUGUGUUUUGUCGUUUUUGUGAACUCCACUGUUUUGCAGAAUUCCUACGAUGAGCCCAUUGGUAUUAUGUUUGACCCGUUCUUUUCGCUGAUUAACCAUUCGUGCCAGCCAAACACCAUUUUAGUCUGGAAAGGACGCAGAGCAGUUCUGAAGGCGCUGAAAAGGCUACAUCCAGGCGAGGAGCUACUGGUCAGUUAUUGCCCGGUGUUUACGCCCAAGAUUGAGAGGAAGCAGCAGUUGCAAAAUAGCUUUUUUUUCGAAUGUGGUUGCAGCACAUGCACCCUGGAGUAUGAUUUGUGGUUUCCUAGCAACACUCUAACAGGGGGAAUGGAGUGGGAAACUGACAGGUUGGAUGGAAAGAUGGUGAACGGGACAGAACUAGAGAAGACUGCCUAUUUGGAUUUAAUGAAGGGACUUCAAAAUGUCUACUGUCCCGAGGCGGAAAUCGGAGCCCAGAUCAUGCACAGCAUCGCAACCUCGUUCGCACAGCUGGAAGCAGAAGAGCGAACAGCUCUUGCCACCCUGGUUUACAAAAACAUGGAGCUGGUACCUCACCACAGCUGGCCAGUGUACAAAAUCAUGUCGCUCCUGAAAGCAAACACAACUGGUGAUCCUGUGACCAACUUGCGGUUCACCGUGAUGACCAUCGAUAUAGAGAGUGCGCUGGAACAGCAUCUUGACUACAAAGUUUCACUAGGCAUGGCUCUUUAUGAAUUGUCUGUGUGUUUGCUGAAGGUGAUCAAGGCAAAAAGACGGCAGGAAAUCGACUGGAGUCUCAACAUGCUGGUGGACUCUGCCUUAGCACUGGCAUUACAAGCCCACAAGCAGCUGAAAACCAAGUUUGGCUCUUCCUCGCUGCCACCGACGGCGGACCUGAAAGAUGUUGUACGGGAUCUAAGGAGUCUGAAGAGCAUAGAUAGAAUCAACGAGGCGACGGCGGGCCAGCAAUUGGAGGCGUUGUCGGAGCUGCUGCAGUGUGGAGUGAAUUUGCUGUCAUUUUACGAGCCGUUGGCCGCGCGCGACAUGACAGAUUUCGGUUUAAUUUUGGAAUCAGGGCCGGUGUCUGCCAAGCGAUUAAAUUCUAAUUUUAGGUGGUUGCUGCAGAUCUGA